CGCCUCAGUAUUUGUCCUCCUUUUCAUCUUCUCUCGUUUCAGGCCCUUUUCUUCAUUCGCAGUUGGCAUUUGCGAUUUUUUUUUCCAUCGCCGACUCGCUGCUCUGGCUGCCUGACUCUUGCCCCCCGAGCCAGCGGCCUGACUUGUUUCCUCCCUUGAAUCUCUGGCGAUACGAACCGGCCAUGUGCGUCUAACAGCAUUUGUUCACGAUUCAAGACGCUGUCCAACCCCCCUGUCUCGAUUGUUUCUCUCCAUCCUCGAAACAAAACCUGCUCCCUUCCCACUUCUCCAUCGAUUCCGUUGAUUUCCUGCAACCGCUCGUAUUUCCUCCCGGCAAUUGUUGCCACUGACGCACCACCAUGGCGUCUGCGAAUGCGCGCUAUGUGCGCUACCUGCUUAUCGCAUUCUUUACGAUUCUAGUUUUCUACUUUGUCUCCAACUCAAAGUACGAGGGCGUGGACAUUAGCAAGGGCGUCAUCCCGGGCGCCAACCCGCCAGCCCAAGAAGUGGCCAAGCCCUCGAAACCAAAGGCUCCCACCGGCGAUGCCAAAGACUUCCCCCUGGCCCUGACCCCGAACGACCCCGGAUUCAACGACCUCGUGGGCAUUGCCCCCGGCCCCCGAGUCAACGCCACCUUUGUCACCCUCGCCCGAAACAGCGACGUCUGGGACAUUGCUCGCUCAAUCCGUCAGGUUGAAGACCGCUUCAACCGACGAUACAACUACGACUGGGUCUUCCUCAACGACAAGCCAUUUGACAGCACCUUCAAGAAGGUGACGACGUCUCUCGUGUCCGGCAAGACGUACUAUGGCGAGAUUGCUCCCGAGCACUGGUCGUUCCCCGAGUGGAUUGACCAGGACAAGGCCAAGAAGGUGCGAGAGGACAUGGCUGAGCGCAAGAUCAUCUACGGCGACUCCGUCAGCUACCGCCACAUGUGCCGCUUCGAGUCCGGCUUCUUCUUCCGCCAACCGCUGAUGAUGAACUACGAAUACUACUGGCGCGUGGAGCCCUCCAUCGAGCUCUACUGCGAUAUCCACUACGACCCCUUCCGCCUCAUGGUUGAGCAGGGAAAGAAGUACAGCUUUGUGUUGAGCUUGUACGAGUACCCGGCCACCAUUGCCACUCUGUGGGAGAGCACCAAGAAGUUUAUCAAGAACCACCCCGAGCACAUUGCCGCCGACAACUCGAUGAAAUUCCUGAGCGACGAUGGUGGUGAAACCUACAACAACUGCCACUUUUGGUCCAACUUUGAGAUUGGCAGCUUGGAGUGGCUGCGAAGCAAGCAGUACAUUGACUUUUUCGAGUCCCUGGACAAGGAUGGCGGCUUCUUCUACGAGCGAUGGGGAGAUGCUCCCGUCCACUCCAUUGCCGCCGGCCUGAUGCUCAACAAGAGCGAGAUUCAGUUCUUCAACGACAUUGCUUACUGGCACGUCCCCUUCACUCACUGCCCCACCGGUGAGAAGACGAGACUUGACCUGCGCUGCCACUGCGAUCCCAAGGAGAAUUUCGAUUGGAAGGGUUAUUCUUGCACGAACCGGUUUUUUGACCUGAACGGCAUGGACAAGCCGGAGGGCUGGGAAAACCAGCAGGAUUAGAGAAAGGACGGAAAAGCUUUUAUACUUGGCAAGUGAUCCAAGUUUUCAAUGGGACGGGCGAGUACGCUUAGUUAUUCAUACUCAAGUUUGAUUCAGACGCACGUCUCACACAUCAAGUGCAUGUGCAUGAACGGAUGAAAUAGGGAGGACCACGAGAAGAGACCAAAAAAAGGGAAUGGCAUUUUUUAAACUGCGGGAGGUAUAAAGGGGCGUCUGUGUCUGUCUGGCUUUACACGAUUUGGACAAUGAUUGCUGGUGUAAAUAUAUGUUGAAAUGGAAAGUGACGAGAGUGUCUGUUUGUGGCG